AUGGGGACACGGGGGAACGGCUUUAAACUAAAAGAGGAGUAUUUAGCCUUCCUGUCUUUCUUUCUUCUCCAGCUGAAUAUCCUGGUGGACACAGGGAGCAGUAACUUUGCUGUGGGAGCUGCACCACACCCCUUCCUCCGGAGAUACUACCAGCGGCAGCUGUCCAGCACCUACCGCGACCUGCGGAAGGGGGUGUACGUGCCCUACACCCAGGGCAAGUGGGAAGGGGAGCUGGGGACCGACCUCGUCACCAUCCCCCAUGGCCCCAACGUCACUGUCAGAGCCAACAUCGCUGCCAUCACGGAGUCGGACAAAUUCUUCAUCAACGGCUCCAACUGGGAAGGGAUCCUGGGACUGGCGUAUGCAGAGAUUGCCCGGCCCGACGACAGCCUGGAGCCCUUCUUUGACUCCCUGGUGAAGCAGACACGGGUGCCCAACAUCUUCUCCCUGCAGCUGUGUGGGACAGGCUUCUCUCCCAACGAGACAGAGGCCGUGGCCUCGGUGGGAGGCAGCAUGAUCAUCGGCGGCAUCGACCGCUCGCUGUACGUGGGUGACAUCUGGUACACCCCCAUCCGCAAGGAGUGGUACUACGAGGUCAUCAUCGUCAAGCUGGAGGUCAACGGGCAGGACCUGAACAUGGACUGCAAAGAGUACAACUACGACAAGAGCAUUGUGGACAGCGGGACCACCAACCUCAGGCUGCCGAAGAAGGUGUUUGAGGCUGCAGUGAAAUCCAUCAAAACGGCAUCUUCGACGGAGAAGUUCCCGGAUGGCUUCUGGCUGGGGGAGCAGCUGGUUUGCUGGCAGGUCGGCACCACCCCCUGGCACAUCUUCCCGGUCCUGUCCCUUUACCUGAUGGGGGAGGCCACCAACCAGUCCUUCCGGAUCACCAUCCUGCCCCAGCAAUACCUGCGCCCGGUGGAGGACGUGGCCACCUCUCAGGACGACUGCUACAAGUUGCACGACGAGUUCCGCACGGCCGCGGUGGACGGGCCCCACCUGCACUCCAACAUGGAGGACUGCGGCUACAACAUCCCGCAGACGGACGAGUCCACCCUGAUGACCAUCGCCUACGUCAUGGCGGCCAUCUGCGCCCUCUUCAUGCUGCCCCUCUGCCUCAUGGUGUUCCAGUGGCGCUGCUUCCGCUGCCUGCGGCGGGACCACGACGACUUCGCUGACGACAUCUCCUUGCUGAAGUGAUGGCGGAGCGCGGGCGCAGCCCCGGGGCCGCAGGUGAGGCAGCAGGGCGGGGGCCUUGCUCCGGGGGCUGGAGUGUGGUGGCAGCGUGGGGAGCUCGGAGCCUGUGCCCGGAGCCUGGGGACUCGGUGUCCGUCAGGGCCAGCAGCCGGGGGAGCCCCAGGCCCGGGCUCCAUUCAUCUGGGACCUGCAGCAAGAGCGUGGCAGCUGGGCAGGGGGAGAGCUCAGCUGCCCCAUCCUGGGAACUGGGGGCGUGUUCCAGCACCAGGACAGGACCAAGCUCUCCCACCCAGCCUUGCCUGGCUUGAUGGAGUGACGCUGAUGAGCCAUCCCCUGCCUGUCCCCUUCCAUCCCUGUGCAUCCCUUUGCAGCUCGCCCCGCUGGGAAGCUGCCAGCCCAGCCUCUCUUAUAGGGAGCUGUGCUGCAGCUGUGCCUCCCCUGUGACUCCCUGCACUGAGCCAGACUCCAGGAAUCAUCCUGGAGCCAUCCAGCCUCGAGCUUUUCCAAGACAGCCCUGCAGGGCCAGCCUGGGCUGCCCAGACAGGGCUUUCCCUGCUACCCUGCUGCCCUUACGCCGCUCGCUCUGACAUUUCCCCUGCAUUUUCCUGCCUUCCCGAGCUGUGCUCCUGCUGCCGCUGGCCCCAGGACUCCCUGCACCCCCCUGGGACAGGCAGGAGCAGGCACCCAUCCUCUCCCCACGUCACAUGGGAUGGGAAACUCCCUGCCCUUGCUUCCAGCAGCGGCUGCCACGCAGAAGCCAGUGCCAGGAGUGAGGUUCCCAGCCCUGGCAGCGGCUGCUCCCCAGCCCAGCCAGCCCUUCGAAAGCCAUAGGGGAGCCUGGGCCCCCCCUGCAGCCCCCCAGCUCAGCUCAGCGCAUCCCACGGCACAGCAGCUCCUCUCUGCUCACUCCACACGUCCAGGCCCGGCUGUGGGACACCCCGGCAUCCUGGGGACAGGCGGCAGCUGUGGGAACUGCAGCAUUUCUUGUUUUUUUAAACACAUGGUUGUAUUUAUUUUUGUUUUUUUACAAAGCGUGUCGCUGGUAGCGCAGCUGCGCGUUGAGAGCGUGUACAGAGCCGGUCCCACGUGUACAGACCACGGCUGCCUCUCACCUGUACAAUAUAUCCAUAUAUCUCUAUUUUUAAUUCUAGCCCUGAAAGCCACUGUUCCAACAUUAGGGGUCGGUCCUGUUUUGUUUUGGGGUUUUUUUUAAAUAUUUUUAAUCUUCUGUUCAGUCCUUGGCCACUGUGGCCACCGCCCAGGGCCAGGGCUCGGGCCACAGCCGCGUGUUUGGAGGGAGCACAUGAUGGUGAGGGGGUCCCAGCUGGCUUGAGGAGGGGGUGCAGGGCUGGAGCACACAGAGCAGUGGCUCACAAGCCCAAAGGACCCUGAGCACAGGAGGCACCUCUGUCCUCGUGGUGUUCCUGCAGCACGGGGAGGAUUUUCCAGUGUGUGAGGACUCCUCCCUGUGCUGCAGGAUCACCGUCCCUUCCCCAGAGCAGACACCUGUGACCUUGCAGGCAGUGGUAGUGCUGUAUUCCCUUGCUUCUCUGCCUCCAGCCUGGAUAGGAAAGAGCCCAAACACGGAGAUUGCACAGUUAAAAGGCAUCACUUCUCCAUGAACAGAGGGGAUACCUGCAGUGUCAGGGCUGAGCUGGCGGCUGCCCCGCAGAGCCACCGAGUCAGGCAGGGACAGACUGAGGAGCCACAGCAGUCACCGAGCAUAAAGCUUGUGAACUAAAUCCUGCAGCCAAAGGUUUCUUUGGGAGAGCAGCGAGGGGAGCCAGGAACCGCAGGCAGCGUAGGAGACCAGCCAGCCCUCGCAUGGGGCACUGCCACAACAGCCCCCACGCUGCCCCUGCUCACCCCCACCGCGCUCACAGAGCCCCCAGCCUCGCUCCAAACCCGCACCCAGCCGCUCCCUGCGAGAGGGAAGCGUUCUCCCCCCACCCUCGUGCCUGCCCAGGACCCCCAGGACCCCAGAGACUCUGUUGUGGACCACUGCCUUAAAACGCCGCGAGCGCGCUCGCCGGAGGAGCCGGGCUGCGGCGGGUUCAGCGCCCAGGGCUGCUCCCCUGCCCUCCUCCCGGGGCAGCAGCGCCCAGCUCCUGCCGCAGAGCGCGAGGAAGCCGGGGGGGAACUUUUAGAGAGUCAUUGCAAGAUUUUCAGUGGUGCUGAGCACCUCGCAAUCCCACCGAAAUCCAUGGAGAAAGGGUUGGCGCGUCAGCCCUGCUCGAGGAGGAAGCAGAGGAGAGGGGAACGCAGGAAUUUUGCCAGGUUGGUUUAUCCCGAGCUGCAGCGCAGCCGUGUCCGUCCGCUCCCUCCCCAGGGCCCAGUGACAGGGAUGGGAUGGGAUUGGGACCGUGGGCUGUCGCUGGAGGCUCCAGUACUCUGUAACCCAGUGUCUAUGUAAGAACAAUGAAUGUUAACACGGUAAAUUAUUAUGACAUUAAAAAAAAAUGACCACAAGAAAUUGGCUCUUCUUCUGCA